UCAGAUCAAGGAUGAAUGCUGAGGAUGAUCAGAAUGAAUCAAGGGUUUUUAUGUUUGCAGGUUUCUCUACGCAAGCCAAAACUAGAGAGAAAGAAGAACUCACGGAAAAGAUACUAAGCCUGGGUGGGGAGGUGGAUAACUCAGCAAGCUGGAGUGAUAAAUGUACUCAUGUUAUUGCGGCCAAUUAUCAACUCUUCAAUGUCAAGGUUUUGGCUGGGUUGGCAUGUGGUAGGUGGAUUGUAACCCGGAGAUAUAUUGAUCGCUGCUUCAAGAACGGAUCCUGGAUCAAUACUAAACCAUUCAUCUGUGAUCAAUCAGUUUUAUGUCACAGGAAAAGAUAUUUUGCAAACGGUGGCUGUUUCCAGGGUUACAAGGUGCUGUUUCUAGUUGAACAGGAGGGGAAGAGGAAAGCUUAUAUCGAUGUUGUGAGAGCAGGAGGUGGAACAGUUCUGGAGGAUUGGGAUCUGGAUCAACUUAUCAAAUAUAAACCAGGACCUUCUGAGAUAACUCACAUAGUUGUAGACCCAUUUAUUCUCAGUGAACGGGAUGAGAGAUAUACAAAGUUCAAGCAAUGGCAUGAUUACUCGAGACAGGUGUGGGAUCCCAAGAAAGGAGAAGUCCUUCAUUACCUGUACUACAAAUAUUUUUUCGACUUUCUGAGUGACCCCACCAAAAAGAUUAUACCUCAUUUGUACAAUAUUUUCAACCCCCGGGUCCUAGAGCAGGCCAGAGAAAACGGAGAUCUUCGAAUCCCUGAGAAGGUUCCAGAAUCCAAGGCUAGCACAGCCACCCCUCGGAAACGGGCUCAGGAUGAGGAAAAUUCCGGGACGAAAAAACAGAGAACCAACAUCAGUACCACCGUCCUGGACAGUAAUGUUGUUGAGUUGGAAGAUUCGGAUGAAGACGAUAUUCAGAUUCUUGAGCAGAGACUCCUGGCGGAGGGCGGGAGAAGGAGGGUUUAUUAUAAACCCCGCUCUGAGGCCGCCGAAGAGAUUACUUUACAAUCCAGUGAUGAGUCGGAUCAUGAAGAAAGAAGAGAAUCAAGUGAGGAUGAGGAAAGCGAAGAAGAUGAACCAUGUAGAGAGGAUAAACCCAACCAGGAUCCUUCCUCCCGUCCUGACCUGGGGAAACCUUCUCCGUCCAGACCAGAGUCCGCAGAAGAAGAUGAGAUUGAGAUCCUGGAAACAAAGGUUUCCCAACCACAGAACAAGGUGAGAUCUAGGCGCUCCAGGAUCUUCAAGGAGAAACUUCAUGAAAUGAAAAAGAAGGAGGAGAGAAGGUUGCAGAAGGAGGAGAAAGAAAGAGAACGACAACUUCGACUUGCUAGAGAGAGCAGAGAGAGUAGAGGUUCGGAACCAUCCCGAGACUCAGAUCCUAAACUAGUUCUUACCGAGCCGAUACCUCCUCCCGUCCUAGCUAUGGAGAGAUUAAAUCUCCAGGAUCCAGAGAAGAAGGAGAAUACGGAGCUGCUGAAUAGAAUCCUGUCUACACUACUGGAGCGUCAGAUCACAACUGAUGAAUGUAUUGAGAUUUCUCACGCUACCCCUAGAACAUCCAGGUAUGAUAAGAACAAGGAGUCUGGAGUAAAGGAUAUACAAUCCCGUCCUGUUGGAUCUCAUGUCCAAGAAGAGUUCAAUAAUAGAUAUAUGGAGAACAAGAGUGAGGAUGCGAGGUUGCAGUACAGUAGUGACGAGGAUAAUGAAAGGGAGGCUGUUAACAUUACUCUGGAGGACGAGGCUAACAACUAUGUUGCUUUCCUAGAAAUCCUCGAAUAUUUGAAAUCCUUUACGAGCCUGUCUUCCCACCCCACCAGCUCAAUCAUCAAUGUGAUCAUGAGGGAGUUCAUCAUGAACCAGAAGUCCCUCAAGGUCGCCAUGAAGAGCUAUCAAUAUUUGGACCAGUUUCUCCUUCUUCAUCUUGGUAAAGAGAAUAUGAUAAGAGAAGAUUGGUUAAACCUUAUCCUCUCAGCUCUUAGAGAUCAUGAGAACCUGGAUCAGUUUGAGAGGUUUGAACUGGAGAACAACCAGGAUAUUCAAUCCUGCUGGAGAUUCUUCUCCGGGAUCAUCAACCGUGUCUCCAGGGGCUCCGGUCACCACUCCGGUAUCAUGCUCUCACUUCUCGUCAAAAUAUGUCAAAAGGAUUUUGAAUUGUGGUGGAAGCACUACAGGAGAACGGAGAACAAGGAUAACCGGGAUGUCUCGUAUCCUGUACUCUACUACCUACUGGAUGGACGGAGAAACCUGGUUGAGAAUAUUUCUUCAUCCAUCCUGAAACUUUAUCAGACUCAGCUGGAGAAGGGCGAAGAUAUGACGGAUAUCAGAAAGCUUGUAUCCAUGAGUGGAAUACUACUGGCGCAUCUAGAUUCUCAAGACAAGAACGUUUUUCUUAACAUUGCUAAAGGACUAAAAACCAAGUUUGCAUCCAAGAUCCAACAAAUCUUUGCCAAGAGUAAUCUCAACUCUAACGAGCUGUACAUGGAGCUAAACCUGCUGAAACCGUCCUGGCUCUCCUGGUUGGUUUCCAGGAGAUAUCUCCUCAAGGAGAAGGAGAAGGAUAUCAGGGGUUUGCAGAGUAUCCUGGACCAGCUGGAGGAUAUAUCCACCAGCUCGGAUAUGGAUAUGUUCGCAUGCCUGGAUACACUGAUAGUAAAGAUGAUUGGAACUAUGCAUCUCCAUACUGUUGUCAGAACCCACUGGAGCUACCAGAGUAAAGAUAUCUCUGUAUUCCACGGGAUGAAUAAACUCGAAAAGUCUGGACACAGAUCCCAGAAAGUUGUCAGGUUUAAGAGUGAUAUCGGAGUUCAGAAAUCCCAGCUCAUAGAGGACGCUAAUAUCAUUAUAUCCCAUCAUAAUCAGGAAGUAAUCUUAGAGGGGAAUACAGGAGUAAUUAAGUCUGCUCUUUUCAAAAUGUCGUCUUCCAGUCUGUUCUAGAAACUUUGACGUAAAUUCAAGUUCUAGAAACUUUAUUUAAUAUGUGACGUAAAUUAGAGUUGUGAAUAAAUUAUAAACGGUCUUCA